AUGAAGGAGGCUAAGGGGCAGAAGGCCUACGACUCGUUCGAGAUCGCGGCGAGGACCUUGCUCUUCCGGCCGACAUUCACCGUGCUAGCGCCGGAGGACGCGGAUUCGGUGUCGUCGGUGCACGCCCUGGUGGGCCCCGUGCUUUCCCUCCUGGAGGGGUGCGAGAACGCCAGGUCGGUGGGUAAGGCUAACGAGGCCCUCACGAGGAUCGGGAUGGGCCUGGCGGCUAACCCCAGCGCGACGAGCCGCGAGAAAGAAGGCCAAAAGGAGCUCCGCUGGCGGCGGGGCUUCAUCCUCCGCCCGGCAGGCAUGUGGAUCAUCAGCGGGGUCUCCUACGAGCACGCCGAGGGGCGCCUCGCGGCCCUCAACCUGUGCUCCCAGCUCCUCCGACGGCUCCCGGAGCCCAACCUCGACCAGCUCUCCAGCGUCUUCUGCCUCGGCGGCGGCGGGGGCGGCGGGGGCGGAGGUGGCGGCGAUGAAGGUGAUGGGCUGUUCGAUCGGCUACUGGAGGCGUUGCUGUACCAGGAUGCCUGGGUGCGCCUCGCGGCCGCCCGCGUUUGGGGAUCGUUCUUCUCGAAGAGGGAUCCAGAGCCCCUGACCGUAACCGCCGGCGGCAGCGGCGGUGGCAAUGGCGGUGGCGGUGGCCAAGUAGAGAGACGCCAGACACCGAAGCAAGUCCAAGGUGACUCAACACCCGGGAAGUUGAAAGCGAAAUGCCGGGGCCAGCGGCGGGGUGAUGUUGCCGGCGAGCGAGCCGGGGGAGACGACGGGGGACAGGACUUCCUUCCAAGGAGGCGUGUCCUGUUCCGCCUGUGCCAGAACCUGUGCUCUCAGCUCAACAGGUCGCAGUGCGUCAAGAACCUGGUGUUUAUUGGCCGUGCGAUGCACCUCAACCCGGAGCUAUGCUUCGCUGAGGACGCCGUCGAAGAAGAAGAAGACGCCUCUGGGACGGAAAGCCCGGCGAUGGACGACGCAAGCGACAGCGAGGGGGUUGACGAUGACGGCGGAGAAGCCGCCGCCGUCGCCGAUUCUGCCGAUUCUUCUCUCGCCGGCGGUGGUAAGGCUACCACGUCCGGUGCCGCAGACCCGUUGAGAUGGGUGUUCAAGCGCACGUCCCACAUGGUGGUGCCCAAAGGAGAGGCACGGAGGCGAGCGGUGUUCAGCUGGUUCCUGGCGAUGGUGGCCGUUCACGAGCCCGCCGUUUCCGUGGCCCACCUGGAGCUCAUGCUUCUACCUGAAGCUCAUGCUUCUGCCGCUGCGGAGAGCGGUGUUAGACGCCGAGGCGGGCGGGGUGGAGCACAAAGCUAGGGGGUCUCAUGCCGGCGGUAGCGGUGGUGGGGGAGAGGGCACAGCUGCUGAGAAGGAGCAAACUGCUGCGGAACUAGCGACGGAGGUGAUGGAACUCCUGGAGGAGAAGGUUGGCAGGUU